AUGUGGAAUUCAGAACGGUCCCAGUCGAACGGUGGUGGUUCCGGAGGUUCGGCCACCAAAACACUUGGCAUGACAUCAGCAAUCAGCACGGCCGAACCAAAACCAGAAGAUAUUGUAAAGACAAAAGAGCUGGAAAAAAGCUUAGAACCAUUUAACGUGUUCGAGGCAGAGGAGGAACUGAAUCAUCGGAUGGAAAUUUUGGCCAAAUUAAACACACUCGUCAAGCAGUGGGUCCGCGAUGUAUCGAUCGCGAAAAAUAUGCCGGAAGCGAUGGCCGAAAAGUUGGGUGGUAAAAUUUAUACCUUCGGUUCAUACCGGCUUGGUGUGCACCAUAAGGGUGCUGAUAUUGAUGCACUGUGCGUAGCGCCACGCAAUAUAGAGCGAUCGGAUUACUUCGGUUCGUUUUUUGAUCUGCUGAAGCAACAACCGGAAGUCACCGAAUGCAGAGCAGUCGAAGAAGCGUUUGUGCCCGUUAUCAAGAUGAACUUUGAUGGCAUUGAGAUCGAUUUAUUGUUCGCACGGCUGGCUUUAAAGGAAAUUCCGGACAAUUUCGAUCUACGCGACGAUAUGCUGCUGAAAAAUCUCGACCAAAAGUCUGUCCGCAGUCUGAACGGUUGUCGCGUGACGGAUGAAAUACUGCGACUCGUACCGAACAUCGACAACUUUCGGUUGGCACUGCGUACGAUUAAGCUUUGGGCUAAACGUCACGGAAUUUAUUCAAACUCACUCGGUUACUUCGGCGGUGUGUCCUGGGCAAUGCUGGUUGCCCGCACCUGUCAGCUCUAUCCAAACGCAGUGGCGGCCACACUGGUGCAUAAAUUUUUCCUCGUGUUCUCGCGCUGGAAGUGGCCUCAACCGGUUCUGCUCAAACAGCCCGACAACGUCAAUCUUGGCUUUCAGGUUUGGGAUCCGCGAGUUAAUGUGCAGGAUCGGUUUCAUCUGAUGCCAAUCAUAACACCGGCCUAUCCGCAACAAAAUUCCACAUUCAACGUAUCCAGCUCGACGCGCAAGGUUAUGCUGAUGGAGUUUAAACGUGGCAUGCAAAUAACGGACGAUAUAAUGAUGGGUAAGCAGCUGUGGGAAAAGCUGUUCGAAGCGCCGAGUUUCUUCUACCGGUAUCGUCAUUUCAUUGUCCUGUUGGUGAGCUCCAGCAAUGCCGACGAUCAUCUCGAAUGGUGUGGUCUGGUGGAAUCGAAGAUACGCUAUCUGAUACAGAACCUGGAGCGCAAUCAGCACAUCAAUUUGGCUCACGUUAAUCCGAAGUGCUACGAGCAGCAUGAACAGAAUUCUUCCACCACACUGAAUGGUGCCGAUGGGAAACCGACCGCAUUCUGUUCGCUCUGGUUCAUUGGGUUGGAGUUUGAGCGGUCCGAAAACCUGAACGUCGAUCUUACGGAGAGUAUACAAAACUUUACUGAUUCCGUACACAAACAUGCGGUGCACAUUAAGCUGCUAAAGGAUGGUAUGAAGAUCGAAGCCCGGCACGUACGCCGGAAGCAGUUAACACAGUAUCUCGAUCCGAAUCUGUUGAAACGCGAGCGAAAGAUAUCGGACAGUUACACGCAACAGUCGUCCAGUGCGGUGGGCGUUAACAAUUCCAAUGGGUCAGCUUCCCCGGCAGACGCUGCUUCUCGUAAACGAAAAUCAAGCGAUCUUGCUGCCAGCACCACCAUCACUGCCACCUCCUUAACCAGCCCUAUCGCUGGUUCUAUGGGCAGUAAUGGUAGUGCAAGCAAAAAACGGCGUAACGAUUCCUUCGACGGUACCUCGAAUGGCAGCUUCUGCAGUACAUCGUCGACGACGGUCGUGCAAAUGAAUGCUACCGACGCGGCGCAUAGCACCGAAGCAAACGAUGCGUCCAAUACUGCUGUUACCACGGCGAACGCAUCACAGUCCACCGAUACGUCAGUAAAUGGUGAAAGGGAUGAAAGUGUCGCUCCUUCCGCUUCCUCUCCGUCGGACGAUCCACCACCGUCCAGUGUCGCCGGGAUGCUCGACGAAGAAAAUAACAACCCGUUCGAACCGUCCACCUCGACCACUGCAUCCAGUACGAACGGUAAUGGUAAUGAGAGUAACAAUGGUAACAAUUCUACUACGGCACCUGCAGCGGCGGCGGCAGCAGCAGCAGCAGAGGUAGCCUGUUCCUCUUGACUGACUCAUUGCCAAGGUUUGUUCCACG